AGGAGGAGAGGAGCUGUGAGCAGGCCCGAGGAGGCAGGACUUCCUGGUGUGGGGGUUGUCAACAGCCCAGAAAGAGAAAGACAGAGACAGAGACCGAGAAGAGCUGAGGAACCAAGAGACGGAUCCAGCAGGGCCACGCGGGAAAAGCCUUGGGAGACCCACUUGUCCGGGACCGCCGAGACCCGCUGCCACCUGGAGCAGCUGGGGGCUGAGCCGCCCCCUCCCACAGCCGUCGGGAGACCCGUGGGGCUGCAGAGGCCGCGCCUGGACUCCUCCUCCGAGGCGCGGGUUCCUUCUUUUCUGGACAGCAAACUUUCCACGGAGAUGCCUCGCAGGAUGAGGUGCGGCCUCCGAAGAACUCCGGGCAGCUCCUGAUCGCUGCCUGCGUCCCCCGCAUUGACCGGGGACAGGCGGCCCCAGGAGAAGGACAGCCCGACAUCUUAGUCGCUGAGACCCCUGGCUCAGCUCGGUGACUGAGACCCGAGAGUUUGCAAACUCAGCUCUGGAGUUCAGCAGCGACAGCAGCAGGAAAAACCUGCCCCUGCCCCUGCCCCCCCCUCCCGCCACCUCUCCUCCCCUGUUCUCCCGUCCCCAACCAGGCACCCCCAGUUCUUUCAAGGCCCUCUUACCAUGUCGGACCCAGACGUCACUAGGGGCCCUGAUGCCCCCGCCAUGUGGCCCCCCUGUUCCAGGGGUGCCUGAGCCCCUUCUAGGAGCCCAGCCCCUCCCCCACCCCUACUCGUUCUGAGCCCCAGGGACCAUGAGUGGGGGCAAGAAGAAGAGCAGUUUCCAAAUCACCAGCGUCACCACGGACUACGAGGGCCCAGGGAGCCCAGGGGCUUCAGAUUCCCCUGCUUCGACGGCCCCCACCGGGCCCCCACCACGCCUUCCCAACGGGGAGCCCAACCCUGAUCCAGGGGGCAGGAGCACCCCCCGGAAUGGCUCCCCACCACCUGGGGCCCCUGCCUCCCGUUUCCGGGUGGUGAAGCUGCCCCACGGCCUGGGAGAGCCUUAUCGCCGAGGUCGUUGGACGUGUGUGGAUGUUUACGAGAGAGACCUGGAGCCCCCGAGCUUCAGCCGCCUCUUGGAGGGAAUUCGAGGGGCCUCGGGGGGCACUGGGGGCAGAUCUUUGGAUUCCAGGUUGGAGCUGGCCAGCUUGGGCCUGGGUGCCCCCAUGCCACAGUCAGGCCUGUCUCAGGGCCCCACCUCCUGGCUCCGCCCACCCCCCACCUCCCCUGGACCUCAAGCCCGCUCCUUCACUGGGGGACUGGGCCAGCUGGCGGUUCCUGGCAAGGCCAAGGCGGAGACACCCCUCCUAUCAGCCUCCCCACCCCAGCAGCGCCCCCCAGAGCCUGGGACUGGGGAUAGCACGGGCACAUCCCUGGCUGCCACACCCCUGCCCUCCCUGAGGGUGGAGGUAGAGGCUGGGGGGUCCGCAGCUGGGACCCCUCCACUGUCCCGGAGGAGAGAUGGAGCCCAACGGCUGAGGAUGGAGUUGGUUCCUCCAGAGGAGACAGGGCAGGUGCCCCCAUUUGACUCCCGCCCCAGCUCCCCGGCCCUCUACUUUGAUGCCAGUCUGGUUCACAAGUCUCCAGACCCCUUUGGAGCAGCAGCAGCCCAGAGCCUCAGCCUGGCCCGUUCCAUGUUGGCCAUCAGUGGUCACUUGGACAGCGAUGACGAUAGCGGCUCCGGAAGCCUGGUUGGCAUUGACAACAAGAUCGAACAAGCCAUGGACUUGGUAAAGUCCCACCUCAUGUUUGCGGUCCGGGAGGAGGUGGAGGUGCUGAAGGAGCAGAUCCGAGACCUGGCAGAGCGGAACGCCGCGCUGGAGCAGGAGAACGGACUGCUGCGUGCCCUGGCCAGCCCAGAGCAGCUGGCACAGCUGCCCUCCUCGGGGCUCCCACGGCUUGGGCCCCCUGCGCCCAACGGGCCCUCCGUCUGAGCCUCCCUUCCCUCACAAUGUGCCUUUGGGGGCUGCCAUGGUCGCCAGGCUUUGCGCCAGCAGCCUGCCCCCUCUUCCUAUGCAGCUUUAAUGCCCCCUGACCCCCAGGGAUGGGAUUUUCAGGCUCAGUACUGUCAGUACUGGCCUGUUCCCCGCCUUGCCCCCGUCCCCGCCUUGGUCCUCAGGUCUCGAUGGAGGGGGGAGGGCUCGGAAUGGGGUGCUAGAUGGAGCCCCCUCCAUGAGAGAUCCCAGCCCCCUCCCUCCCUGGGUGUCAGUGUUCUGGGUUCCCCAGCAGUAGAUGGCUUGGGGGAGUCGGAGGCUCCCUGGCAACAAUCCCCCCCACACUUUGUUCCCCUCAAAGUGCUCCCUCUCCACUGCCCAGGGGAGGGCAUAUGGACAGUGUCUGGAAGUUCUGGGUUUCAGGUUGUUAUUAAAAUAAUAAUUAUAAUUAAAAAAUCUGAAGAAACUUGAA